UACAUAAUUCAACCCACAAUAUUAAAAGUUCUGUCCAAAACUAGUGAGUAGUGACAAACGGCCUCUUUGUAUAGCCGCCUGUCACGGCUGUCAGCCGGCAUGCGGACGGUUGAAAGUCUUAAAACUUCACCCAGACACCGGUACUUCUUCAAUAAUAGAAUCAAUUGCAUUUACAAAUAAUAAUACGUAGUAAUAAAUUAAUCUAUUGCUCAUUUCCGUGACUCUAGUCUAGAUUGAUACAACCAUUUACAAGUUCACAACUUGGUAAAAGCGAUGGCUGCCGCCGGGAAGCUUAUGCAUGCUGUGCAGUAUGGUCAAUACGGCGGAGGAGCCGCAGCUUUGAGGCAUGUUGAAGUUCCUGUACCUACUCCUAAGAAUGGUGAAAUUUUGAUUAAGAUGGAAGCCGUAAGUAUAAAUCCGGUUGAUUGGAAAGUUCAAUCUGGUACACUGCGUCCGUUAUUUCCUCGCAAAUUUCCUCACAUUCCUGUUAGUGAUAUAUCAGGAGAGGUAGUAGAGGUUGGUUCAGGUGUUCAAAGGUUCAAAGUUGGUGACAAAGUUGUGGCUACUGUCAGCAUCAGUGAUGGAGGUGGAUUGGCAGAGUAUGCCGUGGCCAAGGAGGGCUUGAUAACAAUAAGGCUGCCCGAAGUUUCAGCUGAGGAAGCCGCUGCCCUUCCCAUUGCAGGUCUUACAGCUCACGAGGCGUUGACCAGAAUUGCUGGGGUCGAACUCGAUGGCAGCGGCCCUCAGAAGAACAUUCUCGUGACAGCUGCUUCCGGUGGUGUGGGCCACUACGCCGUCCAGCUGGCAAAACUGGGAAACGCGCACGUCACAGCCACAUGUGGGGCCCGCAACAUUGAUUUUGUGAAGAGUUUAGGGGCAGACGAGGUCCUUGACUACAUGACCCCGGAGGGAGCAGCCCUUAGUAGCCCUUCGGGAAAGAAGUAUGAUGCGGUCAUUCAUUGCACUACAGGGAUUCCAUGGUGUACUUUUGAGCGGAAUUUGAGUGAGAAUGGAAAGGUUGUGGACUUCACUCCGAGCCCAAAGGCACUCUUGACCUUUGCCAUCAAGAAGAUCACUUUCUCAAAGAAGCAGUUGGUGCCCAUGAUGGUGUCUGCGAAAGCUGAGAACUUGGCAUACCUUGUUGGCCUGGUGAAGGAGGGGAAGCUUAAGAGUGUGAUAGACUCGAAGUACCCCUUGAGCAAGGCGGAGGAUGCUUGGUGUAGGAGCAUCGAGGGACAUGCUACGGGGAAGAUCAUUGUGGAACCAUAGUAAUGUCACAUGUUAAAAUGAUGAUAUAUUGUUUGUUGUGUACUCGGUACUUGUGUUUAUGCCCUCACGAAUGAAGUGGGGCAAUACUACUACUGCAGAAUAUUUUAUAGACUUAUAGUUGUUGAAAGUUGAAACUUACAAAUACAACAUUUGAAUAACAUUGAUUAUAAUUUCUAACGCCACAAAAAUAAGUAAUGAUGCAUGCUUUGUAUGUCA